UAAUGGCUAUAUAAACCCUCGUAAUCUUCACCCCCCACCUUCGUCAGAUUAUUCUCUCCUAACUUUCCCGCUGACAGAAAGAAAUGACUUCUUUUUCACUUUACAAGCUACUCGUUCUUGCUUUGUCCAUGUCCUUUUUGGCCUCAUUGGCCUUGGCUCGUGACUUCUCCAUCGUCGGCUACUCUCCUGAGGACUUGACAUGCAUAGACAAACUUAUCCAACUCUUUGAGUCCUGGAUAUCAAAACAUCGCAAAGUUUAUGAGAAUUUUGAAGAAAAGCGGCAAAGAUUUGAGAUUUUUAAAGAUAAUCUGAAGCACAUCGAUGAGACAAACAAAAAAGUUAGUAACUAUUGGCUUGGAUUGAACGAGUUUGCAGAUUUGAGCCAUGAAGAAUUCAACAACAUGUAUCUGGGACUGAAAGCUGACCAAACAAGGAGAGAGCAUACGUCCCUUGAUGAAUUCGCUUACAAAGAUGUUGCGGAUUUGCCCAAAUCUGUGGAUUGGAGAAAGAAAGGAGCCGUGACUCAUGUUAAGAACCAAGGCUCAUGUGGAAGUUGCUGGGCGUUUUCAACCGUGGCAGCCGUGGAGGGCAUAAACCAGAUUGUUACUGGGAAUUUGACAUCUUUGUCGGAGCAAGAGCUGAUUGACUGCGACAAUCUCCACAACAAUGGGUGUAAUGGGGGUCUCAUGGACUACGCAUUUGCCUACAUUGUUUCUAAUGGCGGUAUUCAUAAGGAAGAAGACUAUCCGUAUAUCAUGAAAGAGGGAACCUGUGAUAUGAAAAAGGAUGAACAAGAGGUAGUGACCAUUAGUGGGUAUCACGAUGUCCCCAUAAACGAUGAACGAAGCCUCUUAAAGGCACUUGCAAACCAACCUUUGAGCGUGGCUAUUGAGGCUUCUGGCAGGGAUUUUCAAUUCUAUAGAGGGGGCAUUUUCGAUGGUGACUGUGGAAACCAUCUAGACCACGGCGUGGCGGCCGUUGGCUAUGGAUCAUCAAAGGGAUUGGAUUACAUCAUUGUGAAGAACUCCUGGGGACCAAAAUGGGGAGAGAAAGGUUACAUCAGAAUGAAAAGAAACACAGGAAAGCCAGAAGGCCUAUGCGGAAUCAACAAAAUGGCUUCUUAUCCUACGAAAAACAAGAGCUAGUCGUCAAUCGACAAAACAUUGUGCCUUUGAUUUUUAAUUUUACCAAUUUUCAAUCAAUCUAUUAUUUUCCACAGAAUGAAAUUAUUAUGGUGAACCAAUAUAUGCAAUGUAAUAUAAUAAAAUGUAAUCUUAUAAAUCAAUAUACAACACGAAUUUACAGAA